UCACUCUCUCACUCUCUGUCUCUCUACGACUCUGUCUCUCUCUCUUCCUCUCUCAUCUGAAAGUACCACUGAGAGACGAGCUGUGAGCUGUCACUUGUCAGUAAAUGUGUGAGUAAUGAAUACGCGUCGCUUGUGUGAUCUAUGUCUGCACUGCUGGAUGAGAGAUGACGGGUGUUUUACGGAUGCUGUUUGUUGUUUUCUGUCCUUUAAUUCUGUCUGAGAGUGGAGAUGAUGACUGGUCUGAGAAAGAAGUGACCUGCACAUCCACUUUGACCUUAAAACAGAGUAACCUCACCUGUUCGCUAAAUGAUGAACCCAAUGAGGAGGUCAAAUUUGCAACACUCUGCAAAAUAAUGGAAAUAACAACUUGUACAAAUACUACUCCAGGACCACAAGACUUUACUUUUGAGAAUUUGAUUAUACUUAAUAAUUACAAGCUCAAAGUACACACAAGAGAAUGGGUUAUUGAAAAAGACAUCAACCUGAACAAAAUUGUCAAAAUCUCAGCUCCCAGAAUAACGCUUGCCACUUACACGGAAGACACAAAGGAUGUUUCCAUUGGGUUUGAACACAGCCAUGAUUAUGUUACCAAUCCUGAAUUUCAAGUGGAAAUCUGGGGGGACAAACUAGCAAACAAGCCCAUCAGGCAUACUACUGAAUAUAGGAGCUUAAUUAUCCACAGGGACAGAUUUGGUGGAGAUGGUGUUUACUAUACACGUGUCAGAGCAAAACCUAUCGACUAUUUUGGUGGCGACUGGAGUGAAUGGAGUUCGACUGCCAAUUUCACUAUAAAAACAAACAAUACUGACCUUCUAAACGUCACUUCACUAUCAUCACUUCAAAUCACCAUCGGCUUCUCUGUCUCUCUGGUGCUCAUCAUCAGUUUGGGGGCCUUGCUAUGGAGAACGCAUAUAAAAGACUACAUCACACCAAACAUCCCGCACCCGAAGGCAACUCUUGCACAAAUGCACAGGGCAAGAGAGGGUCUUGCUUUCACUUUCAGUCCUGAGAUAUUCAGCGAUGUCUUCAUACACCGUGUGGAUUACGUUGAUGAAAAACCAUCUGCUCUGGAGAUUGAGGACGGUCUGGAUGAAUGCUGCUACAGCCUAACCAGUUCCUUGAGUACAUCGAGUGAAAUGGACAUGAAUGAUGAACCGUUUCUAAGAGAGCAGUCCCACCUGAAAAUAAGAUUGUUAGAUGAAUCAGAUUUGUCAAAAGGAAGAGAAAACAGUGGCCAUCAGGGUGAAACGGCCCCUCAACGAGAAUGCAAAGAUGAAGCCUAUGUCACUAUGUCCAGCCUCUUCAACACAAAAUGAACAAUUCUAGUUUACUGGUUAUUUUACAGACCCUUGGUAGAUGAAGUUAUUCUGCGUACACAAAACAUUGUAAGUGAUGCAUUUAAAAGCCAAUAAGCCUGUUAUGUAUUAUGAGACGCUUUCACAUGUCAAAGAUGUGUCCGGUUUGUAGCUCUGGGCUAACCAUGUUUGUACAUAUCGUAGCAGUCAUCCACAAGUUUCAUUUUCAACCAAGCAUCACGCACAGCUGUGGUCUCCAUUGUGGUAGCCUAUUUCCUUCUGAAUGUUUCAGAAACACAGGCAUUAAAGGUAUAGUUCACUUUGAAA